GCCCCGGAGUCCGCCUGCCGCCGCGCUUGGUUUUUUGCAAGGGCUUGGCUACCGCUCCUGCUUCUUCCCGGGACCGCCGCCCCCCCUCCGCCACCGAUGGCCAACUCGGGCUUGCAGCUGCUGGGCUUCGCGCUGGCCCUGCUGGGCUGGAUCGCCACCCUGGUGGCCACCGUCAUGCCCCAGUGGCAGAUGUCCUCCUACGCCGGCGACAGCAUCAUCACCGCCCAGGCCAUCUACCGGGGCCUCUGGAUGGAGUGCGUCUGGCAGAGCACGGGCCAGAUCCAGUGCAAGGUCUACGACUCGGUGCUCGCCCUCUCGUCUUCUCUACAAGCCACCCGGGCGCUGAUGGUGGUUUCCCUUGUCUUGGGGGUGAUCGCCACAGGGGUGGCCGUCAUGGGAAUGAAGUGCACCCGGUGUGGCGGAGACGACAAGGUUGUGAAGGCGCGGAUUGCCAUGGGGGGCGGUAUCGUCUUCCUGGUUUCAGGUCUGGCUUCCCUAAUUGCUUGCUCGUGGAUCGGAAACCAGAUUGUAAGCAAUUUCUAUAAUGUGAACAUUCCAGUCAAUUCCAAGUACGAAUUUGGAGCGGCCAUCUUCAUUGGCUGGGCCGGGGCGGCCUUGGUGCUCCUCGGCGGGGGCCUCCUGUCCUGUUCAUGUCCGGGAAAGGACGGCUUAAGCAGCAACCGCAGGUACCCUCAAGGGAAACCCAUCUCUAAGCCCCCGAGUUCCAAGGAAUACGUCUAAGAGUCUCGCGCGAAGGCCAGUUCCGAUGCCCGACCUCCAUGCCCCUGCGGUCAGGAUACCAACGAACCGCCGUUCGUCCACCUGAGCGUGUCCUGGACACUGAGAUACACCCUCACCCACCCAGGUGUUUUUUUCAUAGUCCACACUGACUUUACCUUUUGCAUUCCCUUGUAUUUUUUAAAAACUCCCUUGUAAUUAUUUUGCUUUAUAAUUUUUUGGUAAUUGAUAGGAGCUGAGCUUUGAAAUGUUCUUACUUGGGGUUUUUUGGGGUGUGUGUGUGUGUAGUGGUCUAGACUUGGGAGUUGUGGGCCAAGAAAAUAACAUUUCCAGCCCCUGGAGAGGAUGUGCAUUAAUGGGGAAAAUCUGAAAAAAAAAAUGAACAUACGCUGUUAACGUUGAAGGUACCAACACUUCCUGGUCUGCAAUAAAGUGGGCAGUCGUGACCGCAAUGGAAAUCUUAAUUUUCUGUACCAUGUCAAAGGAGAAAGGGGAUUAAACGCUGUUUUAUGUGUGCUUCUCCUGAAGGAAUUUACAUCCUAGACCCACGAGGAGAGGAAUACGAGCUCAGAUUUAUUGAAGGGCAAAAACAAACAAACAAACAAAAAAACCAGAACUAAAACAGAAGAACCAGCUCCCUAGAAAUAAUGUUGCUUCGUGGAAACCUAUUUCUGAGCAAAGAACGCUGCUUAGAAAAGUUACUUGGAUGGCUUACCACCCUCCGAACCUCGCAGCUAGCUAGCAUGGUUGCUGGGUGUGUUUUUUUAAAAUUUGUAGUAACUUUUCUAAGCUCUGUUUAAGAAAUAAUAAUGGAGAACUUGCUGAUUCUCGAGCCUUUCUGAGGGUCCCUUAAGAUCAGCUCACCGAAUUCAUAGUUAUUAAAUCCCAUCUCCUUGAAUGUUUACAACUUUAUUCAUCAUUGUGGAUUUACUGAGGAGGAAGGAUAAAUCCUUAAAGGCCUGCUGGACAAUCUGAAAGAGGAUCAUUUAUUUCUUCUUUGGGACAUGAAUGUAGGGGGAGUGUGUGAACAGAAACAACAAAGUUAUUUUGGAUUAAAUGAUGGAUGACAUUUUGGAGUGGCAGAAGAGACUGCCUUAAAGUCUGUGGAGAGGAACAUAUAACUGAAAUGCUGUGACGUACAGCAGAUGAUCAGCACCCUUAACCUAUUAUUAAAUUCUCCCAUUAAAAACCCAUCCUUUUGCCCUGUUUUGACAUCUUUUCUAUAAUGAGCUGUAUUUUGUUGGCUUAAGAUAGGAACUUUUUUUCUUUCUUGCUUGGGGAAGGGGAGAUGUUUUUUAAAUGAAUUGGCAAAUUUGACCAGGAAUGUUGCCGUUUCUACAGUACAAAAAAAAAUAUUGCCUUAUUUAAAACACUAGAACUCGUGUGGGUUGUUUAUGCACAAGCCUGUGUUUUUUAUAUUACAAAUGGUGUCUUGUGUAUUGCUGGAAUUGACUUUUUUUUGUAUAUAUAAUAAAUAAUUGUUUUGGACAAACA